AUGCCUAAUGUCAGUGAUAGACCGCGGACAUAUAAGAAACCUGCUUUAGAAGAUGUUGAUCCCAUCACAAACUAUAUACCUGCCAGUGUUAGGGAUAAAUUUGAUGAGAGGCAGAUGGAUCGGUUCAAGAAGUUGCGGAAAUUUGUUGAGUUUGAAUGUUUGCCAUUAGAUACGGUGUAUUUGCAAGAGAGUACCCUAUUUGAGCAUGAAAGCGAUUUAGAGACGUGCCCAGUCAUUAUUAAUUUAAGGAAGAAAUUGGAGGCAUACCAGUUGCAUAAAAUGUUUGUUCCAAUGGAUCAACGUGGGUACGACCAUAGUUUCAACGAUAAUUGGGAAGUGGUGAGUAUGGUUGAAUUUGCUAUGAUCGCUUUCCUUGCUGGAAGAUCUGUCAUUGCCAGUUAUUUGUUCCAUUUGGAUGAUUUGAUCGAUUUAGGAACUAUACAAGUUUUGUUGAGAAAUGGUUGUUCGAACCAUGAUUUGUGGGUACAAGUGAUAGAUGAGUUAGUUUCUAAUAAUAUGAAAUCGUGUUUGAUGGUAAGUGAAAGAGAUGUGUCUGGUUCUGAUGCGUUGAACGUUCAAACCACCUGUAAAAUUGAAGGGGAUGAUCUAAACGAAGAGGAGGCUACUAUGACACUUAACGGUACUAAAUGGUUUAUCAAAGAUGCAGGAGACUCAGAUAUUUGGUUAGUUUUAUGUGUCACUGAAUUUGAUGAGGGCAACAUUUAUAGAAAACAUACAUUAUGCCUUGUUAACAGGAAUGAUUUACCACCAAAUUCAACAAGAAUUGAACCUAUAGAAACAAAUGAAGCGAUUGGUAAAUUUUAUGAAGUACAAUUUAAAGAUUGUAAAGUACCGUUAAAUAUUAUUGGUGAAAGAGGUGAAGGUUAUCAAAUUUUACAAAUGAAAUCCUCUGUUACAAAAUUAUUUCAAUGCUUAAAACUUUGUGGUAUGGGACAAGAAUCCUUGAGACUUUCCAAUAAGAGAGCUGCUGAAAGGAAAGUGUUUGGUUCCAAAUUACAGAAGAGUGAGUAUUUCAAAUUUGAUCUUGCUCAUUGGAGGAUUAAGAUUGAAACCUGUAAGCUGCUUUGUUUCAACGCGGCAAUCAAAUGUGAUUACGAAGGUGUAAAAGCGGCAAGAGAAGAAAUUGGGAUGGUGAAAGCCGUGACACCAAAGGAAAUCUCGUCACUGGUGGAUUGGUCUAUCCAGUUGCAUGGAUGUUACGGACUCUGUUCAACACAAACACCCUUGUCACAUAUGUGGCAAGUGAGUCGAUCGCUAAGAAUUAAUGAUACGCCGGACGAAUCAUUAAUAUCACAACUGGGGAGGUUGGAAAUCAGUAAUUAUAACAAAUUUCAAAAGACAUACGAUCAAGAAUUAACGACGCUCGCUGGCAAAUGA